AUGAGGAAAGGAACCAAAAAGUAAACUAAAAAGCAAUCACAACUUCAAUCAAUAGACGAAUACAAAUUAAUCAAUAUUUUUGGUAUCAAUCACUCAACAUAUAUAUGUAGACAUGAUGGAGGAUCCAGACAUGAAAUAGUUUUAAGUAAUAUUAAAAUUAGAGGAUUAAUUAUAAGAAAGUAGUUAGAUUGUAUUAUUAAGCUUUCUUAAUUUCUACUUGAAAUUAGUUGGUUUAGAUUAAUGUAAUCAAUAUUUAAAGGGACUCAAUUUGGAGAAAAUCAAACUAGAAGAAAUUAUCAACAAAUUAGAACAACUAUAAACAGAAAAUCAAUAAACCCUAAUAGAUGAGGAAUAAUGCCUUAAAGUAGAGAAUAAUAAAAAGCUUAUCAAUUUUUUUGACACCUUAUUUUCAACACAAACAGAAUUGCCAUUCGAAUGUGAUCAUUUCUUUUAGUACGCCUUUAAUUGGUUGGCAACAUUGUCAUAAACCAAAUUUAGGACAGCAAGAUUAGCAGCAAUUGAAAUUAUUUCAAUAAUUAUGAAUUCCAUACUUAAUUGCUUAGAAAUCAAUGGUAAUAUUACAAUUCAUCAUAUUUGUAGAGAAUAAAGAUAAACAAAAAGAGAUUCUGUAAUUUAUAAAUAAUAUUUUUGAAUACUUAGUUACAAAUAGAACUCAGGAUGUUUAAUCUGCAAUUAAAAAGAAAUCAAUCUAAAUACUUUUUAGCGCUUUUUUAAAUAAUUCAAUUCCAACUGAUCCAUACCAUAAUUAAUUAGGUUAUCUAUUUUUAAGUGAAAAUCACGAGUGUAGAGAAGCCUCCAUGAUAGAGCUAGAAAAGAUUUAUAAGCAUUUACUGGAGAGAAAAAAGUCAUUAGAAUCUGUUCUUGAAUUUUUGAAAGGGGAACAAGAAGCAAUUUUGAGUUUAAUCUUUGAUCCAAAUGAAAGUGUUUAAUUGAGAUUGAUCAAUUUUUUAAAGGUAAAGAAAAUAAAUAAUAUUUUUAAAGGCAUUAUCUUAAUCUACAAAAAUAGGUUCGAAUUUUUUUGGUCCGAAAACUUGCUAGGCAUUUAUUCGAAUACUAUUUUCAAAAAAUUUAAGAAUUAGGUAUGAUUCAACUUUUAUCUUGCAUUUGUUUGAAAAGCCCAUAAAAUCAGUUGAGAAAUUGGUUGAGUUUUAUUUGAAAUAUGCUCCAUUUGAACUAUAAAGUUAUGAGGAAAGUUUCAACUUUAUUAUCUCCUUCAUUCAUAGUCAUCCAUUUGUUACUUCACCUGAGUAGUAUGCAGCAUUCUUUGAUAGCAAUUAAGGAGAAAUAUUUUAGAGUUUAGGAUUAUAUUUUUAUGCCUCUCUUCUACAAUAUGAAUUUAUAUAUACGAAAUUUUGGUGGUUGGAAGAAUCUGAUGGGCCUCCUUAAUAUAAUGAUGCAUUCACAAAUUAUCUUAUUAGCAAUACCAAAGUUUCAUUGGAUUUGAUAGAUGAAGUAUAUUAUUAAAACUAUAUCUAUUGUAGAAUUUAUUGUUGCCAUUCUUACACAUUUAUGCGAAUCUGAAUUUCAAAAUAAUACAAAGUAAAUUUAUUAAGUCAAUUUUUGGAAGCAUAUAGAAGAUUUUUUAAAAGAGUUAGAAUAUUUAAGUUGUCAAUUAAUUAUGCAAAAUAGUGUAUAAUUGUAGUUAGGUGCUUUAAGAUUCGGAGAUGGUAAAGGAUAACGUGAAAGAAAUAAUUAAAUACUCUUAAAAGAUAUUUAAGGAGAAGUUAACACUAAUUACAAUUCAAAAGAUUGAAUGUUUAAUUAAAAACAAUUUGGCAAAUGCUAAGAUGAUUUUGAAUCCCUUUCAUUAGAUUUUUGAAAUCAAAGACGACAAGAGUAUAGUAAUUGUAGCUAACUUACUUGCGUCAAGUUUAUAAAAUUACUUAAAAACUUUGUUAAAUCAAAUGAAGAAUUAGGACAUUGAGACUGAAAGUGAUUACAAGGAGAUACGUGAAUCCUUUUAUAACUAUUGUUUUACAAUCUUAGAAAAUAGAAACAAAGAGAGAUUCCACCUUUAAAUUUUCCAAUUAGUUAUUACUAAUUUGAUCUACACAAAUAAUUUCAAAUUAUAACGUCUAGGCUUGCAUCAAGAAAUUCAAACAUAAACAUAUUCUUUGCUCUAUAUAUAUCUGCAUGAAUUUCUAUUUACAGAAUUAAUUAGAUAGUCCAACAGAGAGGAAGACAAUGACAAUGUUAAUGAAAUAAAAAGAAGAACCACACAUUCUAUAAUAGAGAAUUUACCGUAGUUGAGUGUUCAAUAAAUGGAAUUGCUUAAUAAUUCUAUAAAAUUAAUUAACUAAUGUCCUUCGAUUUUAUUGAAUAAAGAAUUUGGAAUUCAAUAUUUAGCUUAAAUAUUGGAAUUGAUGAAAAACCAUAAUUACAUUAGAGAUUUAAAAAUAUCAAUUACUUAAGCUCUUUCAUAAUCAUUAUAGAAAGUCAUUGAGAAUGAUCAAGUAUCGAGAAGGGAUGAAUUUUGGAAAUUUAUGAAAAUCUAUUCAUAACACAAAUAAUAAUCUUAAUCAGAUGAUUUGUUCAAUGAAUUUGUAAAGUUGUGUAUCAAUACUUAUUUAUCAUCAGUAAAUAAAUUGAAUGUAUUUGAGAAAAGAAUGAAAUUUAUUAAUAAUUGCGCGGAAAUGAUACAAGCAGGAUUCUAAGAUAUUGAUAAUUUACAUCUAUUUGGAUUAUUGAAUUUCAUAUUUCAUAAACCUUCAAAACUCUUAAAGGUUUUGUAAAUAGAUAAAAUAACAUAUCAAAAAUUUUAUGCAUUUUAUGAAUCUAAAAGUUAAGAAUUUCAUUAGAGUAAUAAACCUGAAGAUUUUAAGAAGGAAGCAACAAAAUAAGAAUAUUCCUUAAGAAAUAAAUUAAAAUAAUCGAGUGGUUUAACAAAGAAGGAUGUUAAUAAAAUGGUGAAUUAAGCUUAGAAAAGCGGUUAGAAGGAAAGCGGAGAUAAAACCAGUAAUAAAUUGAGCAUAGAAAAAGGAAUAAAAAAUAAUGAAAAAGAAAAAAAAUAAUAAGAUUCUGAUAAUGAUGAAGAAAUGGAAAUUCCUUUUUCAAAAUCUAUGAUUAAAUGA